CAGCAUCAACGCACAUUUGCUUAAUUACUCCGCCACGCACGAAUUGGAUCGCCAUGCAUGUAUUUAGACCAACCUUGCAGGGAUGCCAGUUGCAUGCUUAAUUUCUCACCCCAGCUCCGAUACAUUCUCGUAUUGUAGAGGGUGACAUUUCCUCUGAAUAACUUAGAAAGUGUGUGCUUGUGCGGGAUUUUCUCCUCCGGUCGUUAAUCUGCAUCAUCCCCGCUUUGUCAAAUCCUUGUCAACCAACGGAUUUAUUUUAUUUUUAUUUCAUUUUUUUUUUUUUAAAGCAGAGCAAUUGUACGUCCAACCCUCUCGACUCCCAUCCGCUCACAGUGCACCUUGGAACAUCACAACAGUGAAAGGUCCUCAUAUUGCAACUAUGUGUGGACGGAGCAGGACGGCCUUUCUGUAUCUGUGGGCUUGCUUGCUUUUCGCCAACAGCGUACUGAGUGGGAAAAGCUCUGGGCAGAACGGCAUGACAGAUGAACAGAAAGAUAACACUACAGUGUUCACCAAGAUCUUAGACAGCCUUCUGGAUGGCUAUGACAAUCGCCUCAGGCCAGGACUGGGAGAGCGUGUAACUGAAGUCAAGACUGACAUUUUCGUGACUAGUAUUGGGCCAGUUUCGGACCAUGACAUGGAGUACACCAUUGAUGUCUUCUUCAGACAGAGCUGGAAGGAUGAAAGGUUAAAGUUUAAAGGCCCCAUGGCCGUGCUGCGUCUCAACAACCUGAUGGCCAGCAAGAUCUGGACCCCCGAUACCUUCUUCCACAACGGCAAGAAGUCGGUGGCUCACAACAUGACCAUGCCAAACAAGCUGCUGCGAAUUACAGAGGAAGGCACGCUGCUGUACACCAUGAGGCUUACAGUAAGAGCAGAAUGUCCCAUGCACCUGGAAGACUUCCCUAUGGAUGCUCAUGCUUGUCCACUGAAGUUUGGCAGCUAUGCCUACACUCGAGCAGAAGUGGUGUAUGUGUGGACCAGAGGGGCUGCCCAGUCCGUGGUAGUGGCCGAGGAUGGGUCCAGAUUAAACCAGUACGAUCUGAUGGGGCAGAGCGUGGACUCUGGUGUGGUGCAAUCCAGUACAGGAGAGUAUGUUGUGAUGACAACCCACUUCCACCUGAAGAGGAAAAUUGGUUACUUUGUGAUCCAGACAUAUCUACCCUGCAUCAUGACAGUCAUCCUCUCCCAAGUGUCUUUCUGGCUCAACAGAGAGUCCGUCCCUGCCAGGACUGUCUUCGGAGUGACCACUGUCCUGACCAUGACCACACUCAGUAUCAGCGCCAGGAACUCUCUCCCUAAAGUGGCCUAUGCCACAGCUAUGGACUGGUUUAUCGCUGUUUGCUACGCCUUUGUCUUCUCAGCCCUCAUCGAGUUUGCCACAGUCAACUACUUCACCAAGAGGGGUUACGCCUGGGAUGGAAAAAGUGUAGUGCCAGAGAAGCAAAAGAAGAAGAAGGAGUCCCUCCUGAAGAAGAACAACACUACAGCCUACCCAGCUGCCACUGCUACAGCCUUCGCCCCCAAUAUUGCCAGGGACCCUGGAUUGGCCACUAUUGCCAAAAGCGCCCCACCGCCACCAACUGAGCCAAAGGAGGAGCCAAAGCCCAAGCCUCCAGAGGCCAAGAAGACCUUUAACAGUGUGAGCAAGAUAGACAGGAUUGCCAGAAUAGCCUUCCCUCUGCUCUUUGGAACCUUUAACUUGGUCUACUGGGCGACCUACUUGAAUAAGAAGCCCAAAUUGCAGGGGAUGACUGCACACUAAUCCAUGUUUCACUCCUUUAAAGAUUAUACCUGUAAAUUUUCUUUCAUUUUUCUUUCUUAUUCCUCCUAAAAAAAAGGUGUUUCUUUUUUUUAUUUUCAGACAAACAUGGUGUCCAUGCUGGUUUGAAUUCCCAGUUGUUGCAUUGCUUCUAUGUUUACCUAAAGUUUGAAGAUUUUGAAAAAACAAAAUAGAGAAAAAAAGAGAUAUAAGGAUACAGACUUUUGAAAGGGUGUUGUUCAGGUCUCGGGUGAUGCUACUAAGAAAAUGCUACUAUAAAUAUAUAGCCAAGAGAAUGCUAUUCUACAACUGCACAUAGCCCAAACUUGUUAAGGGGCUUUUGUUUCUAUGUUUUUAUUUUUUAUUUAUUUCUAUUUCAUUUAAACAUGGAAUCACAGACACGGUAAAAGGCACUUGUGUAUAUGCAUGGGCAGGGCAUCUUAUUAAUUUAUGUUUAUUUAUUCAAAAUACAGAUCAACAUUGACUGAUAGCUUAGUUUAUUUGAUAUCAGCAGCAAAAAUGCUACACUCAUUCUCUGUCGAAAUAUCUUCAAUUCUCUGUAGAUGUUUUAUGAGAUUGAUUAUGUCAUUCUUCAAAAUAUGUUAGGGUUUCUGCAAUAGCAAUAAAACAUGUCUCAGUGGACACACCAUUUAUUUAGGGAUUAAAAAAGAUACAAAAAUCCAAUCAUCUCUGUGCUCAGCAUUAAAAAUAUUAAUUUCCUUUCACAGCGUUGUAAAUAUUAUCAAGUGUUAGAGAUGUCAAUAUUAUGUUUAAGCUUUGCAAAGUGUAACUAAAGGGUAUGUUUAUUGAAUACAUGGAAAAGUAACUUUUUUAUUUGAUUUAUUUUUGUUUCUGUUAAUGAUACUUUCUAUAAAAAAAAAAAAGAAGAGUAUAUACUGGUCUAAUUCACGCUUAAGUGACUGUUUCUCGCCAAGUUCGCGUUCCAUUCAAAGCUGCUUUCACACUGAAGUAAAAUAUUAUUCAACUGUGUGUAUCUGUACACACUGACCGCAACAACAGCAACAACGGUGUAAUCUGAGAUUGGCUAGUUAUGAGUAAGAAUGUAAAAAAAAAAAAAAUCAUCUCAAUCCUGGAGUGCAUUUUGACAUUUAGAAUUAAAAACUCAUUAUUUACUUGUUUUUGUUUGUUUUAUUUAUGGUGGUGGCCUUGUGUUCGCCCAAAGCGCCAUUUAUAUAGCAAAGUACAG